GUUUGUUUUUUUAAAUGUUUCAGUAAUUUGCCUUUAAGCACACGGAGCAGCUAUUGUUUGUUGUCACUUCCGGGCCGAGCCUCCACAUCGCGGGUGGGGUAGAAGAAGAAGAAGAAGAAGAAGAAGAAGUAGUUCAGAGGAGGCAGCAUCUAUGCUUCGUGCGGGAAGGAUGGAGGAGUUUGUUACGGAGGAGGACGAGGAGGAGCCAUGGUACGACCAGCGGGACCUGGAGCAAGACCUGCACCUGGCCGCGGAGCUCGGGAAGACUCUCCUGGAACGCAACAAGGAGCUGGAGGACUCCCUUCAGCAGAUGUACAUCAACAACGAGGAGCAGGUGCAGGAGAUCGAGUACCUGUCCAAGCAGCUGGAAACACUGAGGGAGGUGAACGAGCAGCACGUGAAGGUGUACGAGCAGCUGGACGUGACGGCUCGAGGGCUGGAAAUCACCAACGAGAAGCUGGUGCUGGAGAGCAAGGCCUCGCAGCAGAAGAUCGACAGGUUGACCGGCACCAUGGAGACUCUGCAGAGUCAGGUGGACAGCCUCACAGCUCGGGUGGAGGAUCUGCGGACUCUGGAGGAGCUGAGGGUCCACAGGGAGAAAAAGGAGCGUCGUAAGACCGUCCACUCGUUCCCGUGCCUGAAGGAGCUGUGCACGGCCCCCAGGUAUGAGGAUGGUUUCCUGCUGGCGAACCCCGGCAGCGUUGACCUGGUCGAGCCCCAGCCUCUGGACGAGGAAAACGAGCGCCUCAGGGACAUCGUCUUGUCCCUGCACUCCACCGUAGCCUCAGAGCGGUCCAGGCGUGAGGGCGUUGAGCGGGAGUGUGCCGUCGUGCUGCAGGAGUUCGAGCGUCUGGAGCAGCGCCUCCUGGGCGCAGAGGGCUGCCGGCUGCGCGUCCAGGAGCUGGAGGCUGAGCUGCAGGAGAUGCAGCAGCUCAGGAAGGCCAAGUGUCUGAUCGGGGACAUGGAGGACGGUUUGGAGGCGUUGCUUAGUAAUGGCCCUGAGAUGGACACCCCAUAUGAGGGGGCGGGGCUGGAGGACGGCGGCGACAAAGGAAACACUGGAGAAGGGGGCGGAGUGGGGCAGAAGGGAGGCCCGGUGCGAAAAAGCUGCAGCGACACGGCCCUGAACGCCAUCUCUGCUCCGUCAGGAAGACGGCAGGCCAGCUAUGCCAACCACGCCAACGGCACGCGCAAACGGGGCAUGUCCAUCCUGCGGGAGGUGGACGAGCAGUACCACGCCCUGCUGGAGAAGUACGAGGAGCUGCUGGGGAAGUGCCGGCGCCACGAGGAGAGCCUGUGCCACGCCGGGGUGCAGACCUCCCGACCCGUCUCUAGAGACCCCUCCAUGAAGGAGUACAGCAUGAUUCCUGCAGAGCCGUCAACAUCUGGGGCCACCGCCGCCCGCGCGCCAACACCUCCCCAGACGCCCUCCACCCCGGAGGCCCUGGAGGGGAUCAGCAGGCAGGUGGAGCAAGUGGACAAACGGCUGAGCCAGAACACGCCGGAGUACAAGGCGCUGUUCAAGGAGAUCUUUUCCCGACUGCAGAAGACCAAGAGGGACGUGAACUCCAGCAAGGCCCGAAAAAACAAGUGAACUGAAACUGCUGAAGCAGGUUCUGGUCUGAAGUGAGGUUCUCUGGAAGAAUUGCACCCGUCUUCUGUUGGACGUUCUCCCAACAAACAGAUGGAGAACGUUUGGUCCUGACCCGACUGAUGAGCCAACAGCUGGUCUGAGGCCAGGACCAAAGUGUCUCAUCCAACACGACUUCCAGCAGGAACAUCACAAUAUUACUGGUGUAAACUUUAAAUCUUUUUUUUUUUUUCCACAUUGCACUCGUUUUCAAGCAGCAGCGAUCCACUUUACUCUUGCUGAGACGUUGGCGCGUCAGUCGGGUCAGAAUUCAACCUUUCUUCUUCAGUCUGAGCUCCGUUUGGGAGCAAGAUGGCGUCGUUCAGGUUUCCACUGAAGCCCACUUGAAUCACAACUCCCCACUAACCCUUUAAGUUGAAGUGUUAAACACUGGAGCAGAAAGUGGAUUAUUUUCUCUUAUAAUUAAUAUUGAACUGCCAAAUGUUACAGGCCUUCAGGACGUUUCACUGAUCACCCAGCAGGUGACAUGAUGAUGAACUUGUGACCAGAAUAAGGAGUCGGCAGUGAGAAAAGAUGGUGAUUAAACUAAAUCUGAUGUAAAACAAACUCAAGACUUUUUGAAAGCAUGAACUAAACGAGACACAGGCAGUCUGAAGACUUUAAUUUGAACACAAGAGAUCAGUAAACUGUUUAUUACAGACGGCACGUGUCGAUUUAAACAUCUCAGACAAACCAUCAGUCCAUGACACACGAGGUGAACGAAGCCAGACAGCAUUCAGAUAUUUAUGGAGUGUAUAAAAAAGGUUGGGAGGACUGAGAUUUGUUUGAUUCUGAAGAUAUAUUAAGUUUAAGGGCGUAGAGGCACAGUUAGAGAUGAUCUUCAAUAUGGAGCGGUUUAACAGCUCCCGGGACACUGGCUGAAAGCCAUCUGUACAAACUGGACUCAAAGUUCAUUUAUUAGGUUCUCAGACAAAUACUAAAGAGCACCCGUCAGUGUAAUGGCUUUUUCAGACCUGAAAUAAAGAUGACUCCAGUCCUCA